GAAGUGUUCGAGAUCAGUUUUUAAUUCAAAAUAUAGUUUUUUAACUUAAACAAUAUAAGGAACCAAUAAAAUCAGCAAUAAAAUGUCAGCCCUAAACUUAACUUGGAAUGUAUUAAUACUUUUUGCAUUUAUGCUGGCUUAUGUACAAAGCUUAAGCGUACCCCUUGACGUGGAGGAGAAAUGCCUGGCUGAAAAUAAUGCCACCAGGCCGGAGUUAUCAGCCAAAAUAGAUCAGGCAAACGCCGAAGGACAUUUGGAAAAUGUUGAAAUGAAAUAUAUGUGCUAUGUGCGUUGCGCAGCUGCCGAGAUGAACAUUUUGGACGCCAAUGGCCAUAUAGAUAUUGAGCAGUUCCAGAAGUUAGAACAUUUAAGGGGUCAAAAUAUUGCAGUUCUCAACGAGUGCAGCCAAGUGAAUAAUUUGGAGAAAGAUUUAUGCAUUUACUCCUUUAAAAUGUUGCUAUGUUUGAUACAAAACUUUGUCACAACGGAAUAUCUUAAUAUAACUCCGGGUAGGCAGUAAAUAUCUGUCAAUCUGUCAGAUUUGUAUCAAAUAUGCGUAUCUUCCUUAUCAUUUCCAAUUUUUAAUCAGAAAGUAGUUUUGAUACUAUCGAAUUAUUUGUUACUUUCACUUAGCUUUUUUCCACAUACGAAAACUAAUAAAU